UUUCAACCUGGAAUUUCAAAUUUUCGGUCAUUUUUUCUCGCGACAAAAUUCAUAGCCGCGUGUCAGUGUGAAAUCCCCGCUAAUCUUGCUGCUUAUCCCGCCCCAAAAAAUCUCCAAAUGCUCCCAAUAUUGGCAUUAUAAUGAGAAGAACCACCAGUCAGCCUAAAAUUAAAUCUAUGCAAACGAAAGGCCUCACCAAUCACAGCAGUCACGAAAAAAAAAUGUUAAACCAUUUGAACUAAACUAGAGCGUAGAGAAGAUAAAUUAGAGCCGAGUAACUAGAGUGAUCCCGAGCUUAAACCUUUGCUUUUUCACCCACUGACCUGCAUUUAAUUCCGCUCGAUUACCCCAUACAUCACCAAACCGUACCCCAUUCGCAAUAUCCCCUUCGACCUACUCCAUAACGCAGAAAUGAGCCCUUCUGUGCCCACAUUAUAUGUGCCUGCUAUCGCUUCGUCCGCAUUGACCGUAUUUGUAAAUAAGAGUGGAAAAAAGCUAGAGAGGGAAAAAAAAGAGAGACCGAGAAUUUCCCCCUUUGGUGUUUCGUGCUGAAAGCACUUGACCCUUUCGCAAUAAUCGACCACCACCAAGAAACGUCGAUAAAACCCCCGUUUUCCUUUGUUAUAAAUAUUUUUGUUAACAUUUGAGUAAAUUAGUCUACUAUUAUAGUCAGUUGGAAGAAAUAUGUUGUUGGUAGAUGUAGUUAAACGCUUUAGGAUGCUUUUUACUGCUUACACCCGUCAGUAGGAACACAAAUAAUUCGAAUGAAGAGAAAUGAACGAGCUUUACUCUUAACGGUGAGUCGCCUGUCCCGGCGGCGUUAAAGCGGGAAGAGCCUAGACUCUUUGAGGCCACAAAACCAAUUCCACCAGAAGGAGAGUAAAAAAUUAUAAAAAAAUGUAUGCGGCGGCGGGUGGUGCGAGCAUAGCAAAACGCCGCAAUCAGAAGCGCCUGCAGUUGAACAAGCGGUUGGAGGCGACCCACACGACUGGAGUGAAGAAACCAACGGCGAUAAUAACUGGACCUCAAGUGACCAAGCCAUCCCGUACGCACUUAGCACCACAGCCACAAGCACAGACAUCGAGUCCGUACCACUCGUCGCACUGCAAUCAUGCUCAUGGGCAUAAUCGUCGUAGGAGAAAUGAUAAAUUAACACCAAAUCGUUUGGCACCGCCUGUAUCACCGAUAUUUCCUAUAUCACCGCCACCGCUAUCACUGGAAUCACAAAACUCCGUAACGCUUCCACUCAAGUCUAGCAAUUUUCCCUUUCCGCCGCCCUCGUUUCUCGAUCUCAGGUCACCAUCACCUUCUGAGCUACAGUGCGGAGGCCAGGGACCAGGGAAAGCGGCUUGGCAAGGCUGCAGCAGACCAUCGCCGCUUCCUCUGUCUCCGGCGUCGCCACACGGCUCGCGUGAUGGGUACAAGACUAAACAAUGCGAAGCGCAUAGGAGGUGGAUGAAGAGAAACAGGAUACGAGACGCAAGUUAUUGUUACGGAAGUAGUGGCGAGGACGACGACGAGGAUGGAAGUAGCCUGACAAAUCGUCGUCGUGGUGAGGUGAAUGCCGCCUUCAACACAGUUUUAUACGCUGGCCUGGGUACAACAGCCCUGGGUCUGGUAAUAUCGUUCGUGGGAACCGGUGAAAAAGGCUUCCUCAGUCCCGAACUUCGACUCGUUGGACCAACCCUCCUCUGCGCUGGUCUCCUGUGCUGUCUCCUUCGUGUUCUACUGUGCAUAUGUUUGUGUCGUUGCUGUGGUGACUGUAGAUGGACACCAUGUCGUGUUGUUAUCGUUGACAAGGAUAAAAUGAAAAAAUUAGAGCCAACAGCAACAACACUGCUACCACAAACGAGUCAACAAACAAUGACAACUGUAACUAAACCAACUAGAACAAUAGCUGGUGCAGCAACAGCAUCAUCAUCCCAUUCGGCUCCAGUCAAAGCUCACGAACUACUGCUCUCCCCCGCCCAAUUGCCAGAGUGAUAACAUUAUUUUCCGUUAAUUCUUCUUUUUGUGAUGACAAACAAUUUUUUACCUCUAAAGAAGAAAAAUCAUCACGAUUGACAAGAGUCGUUAAAUAAAUGAAUAAAUAAACUACUGCCGGUUUUGCCCCCCACACUUAAGUGGCUGCUUCGUAUCGAAAUUUCACCUCGACACGAUAAAGGUUGCGACGAGAGAGGAAAUGUUGAGAGAAAAACAAACGUUUAGAAUAGUUUAUUAUGAAUUUUAGUGCUUUAAUGGAAUUACAAUAAAGGAUCGGCUAAUUUUUUCUA